UUUUCCUUCUCCGUGCUAAACAGAGUUGUUCUGCCAAAGAGCUUGUUUGUAGUUCUUGUACAAUGAUCAUGCUUUAUCAAUUAUUUAAGGGGUAAGGUUUAUAGCAAGAUUCAAUGACCAGACAUUAUUAAUUAACAGUACAUAAUACAAAUUGUCUGUACCUCAUUAUUAAUUCAUACAAAAUACUCUUUAAGGCUUACCAUCUUAAAAGUAUUUAUUCAUAGUGCUAGUGUGUAUUGUAUAUGUGUAAAGGUUGAUUUGAGUGAUUUAUGUUCAUAUUUAACUAUAAAAACCAAGUCAGUCUAAUUAGCCUCUAAGCCACCAUCACUGCCUUCUUUGACAUUGACACCAAAACAAUUUGUUGGUGGUCAUUCAUCCUAUUCUAAAAUAUUCAUUAAUUGUAAAACAUCUUUUUGAAAGAUAAGCAUUUUAUAAAUAUUUUAAUAAAAUGACUGGGAAAUUAAAGAAGCAGCAAAGCAUAAAGAAAGCAACAGCAGGAUGGAAACCAUUGCCUGUGACUUGAUUGAAUUACUUCUCACUGUCUGUUCCUAAAGGAUCUUUGUGUACAAAUCUUUGCCUGGGAAAGUAGAUUCUAAGAAGAGGCAUUUGCAAGUUAAAGGGUAUGAAGUCUCACAAGGUUCUUGUUGCACAUUCUCAUUUCUUUUCCUAGAAAGCUUAUAACAUGCUUCUUCAUGCUGUCUCUAGUUUUGUCUGUUUUAAAUUAUUUUCUUAAAGAAAUCUGAAUUUUUAAAUUUCUAAUGAAUUUGUUCAGGUUUUAUGGAGAGUUUUUACAUUGUUUUCUAUUAAAGUGUUUUUCUUACUGAUUUACAAGACUUUCUAUUGUGUAUUUAUUAAUUGGGCCCUUUGUUAAAUGCAUUGUAAAGCCUUUUUCUUGAUUUAUCUUUUGGCAAAAACCUGUGAGUUGGUCUCUAUUCUGCCUCAAUUCUGGGAAGACCAACAUAGCUGUAAAUAACCUUUACACAGAAUGCCAAGUUUUAAACCUCUGAUAAACUUCUAUGACUAGAAAUAACUUAGAGGUAUACAGACUAAGAUUCAGAUUCAGUAUGACCUGGGUCCUCAUUUAUAAACUCUAUAUUCAGUGCUAGUAGGAUGUCCUUUCACAAACACCCUCAGUUUGGUGUGUGCGGGCUUCUAGUGACAUAUUCUCCUGGGUAAAGAUUGGCUCUUGAUGCAAUCAUCUACUUGCUCUCUGCAGAGUAAAGUGUAGAUACAUGCAUUCUAAGCCUCUGACUGGUGGUGCUGUCUGUGUAAGAUGGCACUAUUCUGUUUUCCUGGAAUUUCUUCAACUGUCCAUUUUGUCCAAAUCCUGGCUUUCCUUUAAGAUGCUUAUCUGCUUCCGUCUUUGUCCUGAAUUCUUCCCUAAUCAUUUAAUGAAAUUGAAUUCUUUGCUUUCCCUGAGUCUAAGCAAUCAUUAGCACUUUUCAAGUUUUUUUCCUGCAUUUGUCUAUUUCAAUUUUGAUUUUUCUUUGUGUGUGUGUGAGUAAUCUUAUAUUAUUUGUUGGCAGAGACUUUGCCUUAUUUGAUUUUAUUUUAUCUCCCACAGGACCUGUGUGGAAAUAAAAACAAAUGUCAGUGCACUCAACAGUUUGGGCUGUUUUGAAAAGCUACAAUGAAAUAUUCACUGAGCAUUCAGUGGAUAUUUUUAAAAAAUCAAAUCUGUUAUUCUGUCUACUCUGUCCACAGCUUGUAUAAUUCUGUAGACUUUAAUCUUUAACCUUUGGUCUUUGAUUGUCAUGAACUGGAAAGGUCCUUCUCAUGCUAGCUCUGCUCAUGCUAGUACAUCACCCCCCCCCCUUUUUUUUAAUCAUUGGUAGAUUGUUUUGGAGUGUCAGCUGGGCCAGUUUCACAUUGUAUUCCAGUUAAAGAUUAUCAGUCUAGUUUUUAAGGUAGACUUUGGAUGUGUGGAGGUGGGUGUGAUAUUUUAUAAAAUUAAAUGGGAUGCCCUUAGAAGUAUGACAUCUAGUUUGUUGUGAUUCAUCUAGAUCUCUGUUUUAGACCAAUUGACACAGGUCCAGAGUUUUAUCCUAAUAGCCUGAGUUGUUUGUCCAGGGGUUAGGAAGAACUUGAGAAUGAUGCUAGGCCGUAAGAAAGCUCAGCCUGAGUUAGAUGCCAGUUCUGUUGAGUAGUUGUCCUAGGGAUGUUUCUCUCUAUUUCUGCUUAAACCAGCACUUGGGAAGAAAAUGACAGCAUAUUCUGGGGAGUGCAAAGGGGUUGAGGGGGGCAGCCUCAGCAACAUCUGUCACUCCAUUGCUUGUCAGGAUUAUUUAGCUGAUUUGUCUGACUGGGCAGGUGUCCCCUCUCUCCCUCAGUGCUCCAUGUGCAUCCCUCUUGAAGCUUCGCACUCUGUUGAAGAGGACACUCAUCCCAGUCACUAUUUAGAAGCAAGAUGCUUGAAUGGAAGAGAUUAUCGGAGAUACAUUGAUGAGUACAGAAAUGACUACUGCGAAGGAUAUGUUCCAAGACAUUACCAUAGAGACAUUGAAAGCACUUACCGGAUCCACUGCAGUAAAUCCUCAGUCCGAAGCAGGAGGAGCAGCCCUAAAAGGAAGCGUAAUAGACACUGUGCAAGUCAUCAGUCACAUUCGAAGAGCCACCGAAGGAAAAGAUCCAGGAGUAUAGAGGAUGAUGAGGAGGGUCACCUGAUCUGUCAAAGUGGAGACGUUCUAAGAGCAAGAUAUGAAAUCGUGGACACUUUAGGUGAAGGGGCCUUUGGCAAAGUUGUAGAGUGCAUUGACCAUGGCAUGGAUGGCUUACAUGUAGCAGUGAAAAUUGUAAAAAAUGUAGGCCGUUACCGAGAGGCUGCUCGAUCUGAAAUCCAAGUAUUGGAGCACUUGAACAGUACUGACCCCAACAGUGUUUUCCGAUGUGUCCAGAUGCUGGAAUGGUUUGAUCAUCAUGGUCAUGUUUGUAUUGUGUUUGAACUGCUGGGACUAAGUACCUAUGAUUUUAUUAAAGAAAAUAGCUUUCUGCCAUUUCAAAUUGAUCACAUAAGACAAAUGGCUUAUCAGAUCUGCCAAUCUAUAAAUUUUUUACAUCAUAAUAAAUUAACUCAUACGGAUCUAAAACCUGAAAAUAUUUUAUUUGUGAAGUCUGACUAUGUAGUCAAGUACAAUUCUAAAAUGAAACGAGAUGAGCGCACAUUGAAAAACACAGAUAUCAAAGUUGUUGACUUUGGAAGUGCAACAUAUGAUGACGAACAUCAUAGUACGUUGGUGUCCACACGGCACUACAGAGCUCCAGAGGUCAUUUUGGCUUUAGGUUGGUCUCAGCCUUGUGAUGUGUGGAGCAUAGGCUGCAUUCUUAUUGAGUAUUACCUUGGGUUCACAGUCUUUCAGACUCAUGAUAGUAAGGAGCACCUGGCGAUGAUGGAGCGGAUAUUAGGACCCAUCCCAGCACACAUGAUCCAAAAAACAAGGAAACGCAAGUAUUUCCACCAUAACCAGCUGGAUUGGGAUGAGCAUAGUUCAGCUGGGAGAUAUGUCAGGAGACGCUGCAAGCCAUUAAAGGAAUUUAUGCUGUGUCACGAUGAAGAACAUGAAAAGCUGUUUGACUUGGUUCGAAGAAUGUUGGAGUAUGACCCAGCGAAAAGGAUUACCUUGGAUGAAGCAUUGCAGCACCCUUUCUUUGACUUAUUAAAAAGGAAAUGAAUGGGAAUCAGUGGUCUUCCUAUAUACUUCUCUAGAAGCAAUUACUUUAAGACUGUGUCAGUCAAUUAAACAUUCUAAUAUUUUUGUAAACAUUAAAUUAUUUUGUACAGUUAAGUGUAAAUACUGUAUGUUUUGUAUCAAUAGCAUAAACUACCUUGUUAAGUAUGGUGUUGAUAAUGAAUGCAAUAUGAGUUAAAAUGAAUUUUCCCUUUUGGUGUUAAUUGCCAUUUUUAAAGGCCUUUGGAAUACCCCUUGUGUCCAGUGAUUGAUGUGAUUGGUCUUGUCUUUUGUAUAUGAUGGUUGACUCUGAAGUGAUUUUUUUUUCCCCUUGAGUAAAAGGAAAUCUUGACCA